AUGCCGAUGCCUAUGCCGCGACCCCAACAGACCACGUCGCGCAAAGUUUUCAGACCAAGCACGGACUCCUCAGCCCAUACACUGAACUCCCCCGAUCACCUACGAGAGCGGUCUUUCUCCGACAAUCACUCCAUCUCCACCACCCACACAAGCUUUUCCAGCCGGGCGAGCUACGGCCCUCGUACGCCAGACUCAUCCUUCUCCAGCACAGACAGCUACGAAGUUCAGGCACCACCAGACUCCAGACCACGGAUUGUGGCCUCGGCCCAGCAUGACCUAGAUGACUCCUCCAUGCACUAUGCCGUCCACCAAGGUGCCACCUCCAAGAAAUGUCCGGUGAUCCUCCCAAAGCAGAUCACCUUUCAGGACACUCCGCCCGACAUUGCUCCUGCCGACUCCAAUAUCCAGAAGCCACUCCUAGGCGUCCCUCAGCUCGAUGACACCGGCAGACGAAUCUCGACGGUCGCCCCUUUGCCCGAGCCAGGCCACAUCCGCAAAACCUCGGCGCGCUACCGAUGCGAAACCCGAGGCGGCGCAUACACCGAACCUAGCACGCCGACGUCUCCGGCCUCCCAGUCCCGGCCCUGCAGCAUCAGAAGCACAACCUCCUCGCACACCUCCGGCUCACGCGAAACGCACAGGCGAACCGCCUCGUACAGCCUGUUCCCCCCGACGGCAUCGUCCAGACAGACGCAUCUGCCAUCGAGGCGCACGCGUUCGUCCACGUCGGCAAGUCAUGAAACUGAAAUCGAAAGAGAAAGAGAAAGCGCAGCACUUGAUUUCGGAAGCGUGCCCUCGCCAUCGCUAACAGGCCCCGCAACGACACGCGAAAGAGCCACAAGUACCGACUCGAGACCCCCGUCACGAACCAAGCUCAAAAGACGCGGCAUGCUUCCAAUAGUGGAUACGACGGCCAUGGGCGUCCCUGCGCGAGAAGCCACCCCUUCGAUAUUGCGCGCGGACGAGGGCAACGACGAGCACGACGCCGCCGUGAACAGGCCACCACUCUGGGUGGCGAAGACGCCGCCCGCCAGAGACCAGAUCAUCAGGCAGAAGAGUAUGCCGUCCUUGUCGUUGCGGACACGGGGCCCGCCGUCGGGACCGCCGCCCGAUAUACCGCUUCCGGCAUUGCCGACAGAGGCGUCGAGAUGGGUGUCGCUACCUGCUGGGACGGUGUGCUACAGGAGGUAG